AUGGCUUCCGAUUCCACAACCAACACUCAAUCUCAAACUGCGCAUUCAGUACUUCCUUCAAGUGCAACGAUAGUAGAUGAAUAUGCAAAUAAUCCUUUCUUUCUUCCUACGAAUGAAAAUCCAGGUCUCAUGCUCAUAUCGCAACCAUUCACUGGUCCAGAAAAUUACAUGAGUUGGGCGCGAUCUGUGUUCUUGGCUCUAAGUUCCAGAAACAAGUUUGGUUUUGUGGAUGGAUCGAUUGCUGAGCCUGAUUCAUCUUCUUCAUUGUAUAAUUCUUGGAGUAGAUGCAAUACCACAGUGCUUUCUUGGUUAACGAAUUCACUUAGUCUGGAUUUGAAGGCUAGUGUUAUGUAUAUCAACAAUGCCAGAGAUUUGUGGAUUGAUCUCAAAGAUAGGCUAUCUAAGGGUAACACUCCAUGGUUGUUUGAGCUUGGGAAGGAAAUUGCACAUCUUGCACAAGGAUCACUUUCAAUAAGUUCUUACUUUACGAAAUUCAAGACCUUGUGGGAUGAGUAUGCUAAUUACCAGCCUUUUACAAUCUGUACAUGUGCUUGUACUUGUGGUUCUAAGUCUUCUCAACUUGAUGCUCAUCAUAAGGAGCAUGUUUUUAGGUUUUUGAUGGGAUUGAAUGAUGGUUAUGGCCAUGUUAUAAGAUAG